UAACCAUCCCAUUUUCUCCACACCAAAACUUCUCAGUAUUUUUAUCACAAAUCCAAAACCAAAUAAUAAUGGAUCUUCUCAAGCUCUCCCUCUCCCUCUUUUGUGUCUUGAGCUUCACCAUGCUCCCAUCCUCUCUAGCUCAAGACUCGCCUCAAGACUACCUCAACGCCCACAACGCAGCCCGUGCCCAAGUUGGGGUCGGGCCAGUCCAAUGGGACGAAAGAGUAGCAAGUUUUGCUCGACAGUAUGCCAAUCAACGCAUCAACGACUGCAAGUUGAUACACUCAGGCGGACCGUAUGGGGAGAAUAUUGCAUGGGGCUGGCCAGACUUAUCAGGCACGGCUGCAGUUCAGAUGUGGGUUAAUGAGAAGCAAUUCUACAAUUAUGGCACCAAUACAUGUGCGGCUGGCAAGGUGUGUGGCCAUUACACUCAAGUGGUGUGGAGAAAGUCAGUGAGAAUCGGAUGUGCCAAAGUGAAAUGCACAAACAAUGGUGGUACAUUCAUCAUUUGUAACUAUGACCCCCGAGGGAAUAUUAUAGGCCAGAAACCAUAUUAAAAAAGGGUUUGUUUGAAAUAAGGGUUCUAGCACAAACAACAUUCUCUGCAUCCCAGUAGCCAAGAAGCUAGUGUCUAAUACUAUAGUAUUACUACAACAAGCACUCCAAUGUACUAUUCUAUACUUUUUAUCUUCUUCGAACAAAUCCUAUAUUCGACCUA